AUGGGCUGCGCCCCCAGCAUCCACGUCUCGCAGAGCGGCGUGCUCUAUUGCCGCGACUCAGACGCGUCCGGCUCGCCCCGCCAGGCCCCCGACGCCGUGUCACGGAGGCGCGCGCUGGGACCCCCGGGUGCCGCCCGCGUCCAAAAGGCGCGCGCUGAGCUGGGCAGCGGUAGCAGCGCGGGCUCGGCGGCCCACGCCACGACCACUUGCAGGGGCCGGAGGCGCCGCUGUUGCGGCGGCGUGGAGGCCGAGACCCAGACGAGCCGCGCCGGUGUCCAGGUGUCAUCUGCAGAGGUACGGAUUGGGCCCAUGAGACUGACCCAGGACCCUAUCCAGGUUCUACUGAUCUUUGCGAAGGAAGACAGCCAGAGUGAUGGCUUCUGGGGGGCCUGUACCAGGGCCGGCUACACGUGCAGCAUUGCCCACACGCCGGAAGCUGCCCUGCAGUGUUUCCUGGACAAGCACCAUGAGAUCAUCGUCAUUGACCACCGGCGGGCCCACGGCUUCGAUGCAGAUGCCAUGUGCAGGUCGAUCCGGGCCACCAACCCCUCGGAGCACACAGUGAUCCUUGCAGUUUCAUCCCAGACGUCGGAUGACCACGAAGAGGCCUCGGUCCUUCCUCUACUGCACGCAGGCUUCAACCGGAGAUUUGUGGAGAACAGCAGCGUCACUGCCUGCUACAAUGAGCUCAUCCAGAUCGAGCACGGAGAAGUCCGUUCCCAGUUCAAGUUACGGGCCUGUAAUUCAGUGUUCACGGCCUUAGACCACUGUCACGAGGCCAUCGAGAUAACAAGUGACGACCAUGUGAUUCAGUACGUCAACCCUGCCUUCGAGAGAAUGAUGGGCUACCACAAGGGUGAACUUCUGGGGAAGGAGCUGUCCACCCUGCCCAAGAGUGACCGGAACCGGGCUGACCUACUGGACACCAUCAACACAUGCAUCCGGAAGGGAAAGGAAUGGCAGGGCAUCUACUAUGCACGGCGGAAAUCUGGGGACAGCAUCCAGCAGCAUGUGAAGAUCACCCCUGUGAUUGGCCAGGGCGGGAAAAUCCGGCAUUUUGUGUCCCUCAAGAAGCUCUGUUGCACCAGUGACAACAACAAGCAGAUUUACAAGAUUCACCGGGACUCUGGGGACAGCACGCAGGCAGAGGCCCACUCGCGGCACCGGCACCGGAGAAAGGAGUCCCUGGACGGCAAGUCCGUGUCUUCGCGGGGCAGUGACGCCCCCAGCCUGCAGAAUCGGCGCUACCCGUCCAUGGCCAGGAUCCACUCCAUGACCAUUGAGGCGCCCAUCACCAAGGUUAUCAACAUCAUCAACGCAGCCCAGGAAAACAGCCCUGUGACUGUGGCAGAAGCACUGGACCGAGUGCUGGAAAUCUUACGCACCACAGAACUCUACUCCCCACAGCUGGGAACCAAAGACGAAGACCCGCACACCAGCGACCUGGUCGGGGGCCUCAUGACCGACGGCCUGAGACGGCUGUCGGGGAACGAGUACGUGUUCACCAAGAAUGUGCCCCCGAGUCACGGUCACCUGGCCAUGCCGAUCACCAUCAACGAUGUGCCCCCCAGCAUCGCCCAGCUACUCGACAACGAGGAAAGCUGGGACUUCAACAUCUUUGAGUUGGAAGCGGUGACACAUAAAAGGCCGCUGGUUUACUUGGGCUUGAAGGUCUUCUCCCGGUUUGGGGUCUGUGAGUUUUUGAACUGCUCUGAGACCACGCUCCGGGCCUGGCUGCAAGUGAUCGAAGCCAACUACCAUUCCUCCAACGCCUAUCACAACUCCACACACGCCGCAGACGUCCUGCACGCCACGGCCUUCUUCCUUGGAAAGGAGCGGGUGAAGGGAAGCCUCGACCAUCUGGACGAGGUGGCCGCGCUGAUUGCAGCCACCGUGCACGAUGUGGACCACCCGGGCCGGACCAACUCCUUCCUGUGCAACGCAGGCAGUGAGCUGGCGGUGCUCUACAACGACACGGCCGUCCUCGAGAGCCACCACACCGCCCUGGCCUUCCAGCUCACCGUCAAGGACACCAAGUGCAACAUCUUCAAGAACAUCGACAGGAACCAUUACCGGACACUGCGUCAGGCCAUUAUUGACAUGGUUUUGGCCACGGAGAUGACAAAACACUUCGAGCAUGUGAACAAAUUUGUGAACAGCAUUAAUAAGCCACUGGCAGCAGAGACAGAGGGCAGCGACUGUGAGUGCGGUCUGACUGGGAGGAACUUGCCGGAGAACCAGACCCUGAUCAGGCGUAUGAUGAUCAAGUGUGCCGACGUGGCCAACCCGUGCCGGCCGUUGGACCUGUGCAUCGAGUGGGCCGGGCGCAUCUCGGAGGAGUACUUCGCCCAGACAGACGAGGAGAAGCGGCAGGGGCUGCCCGUGGUGAUGCCAGUGUUUGACCGCAGCACCUGCAGCAUCCCCAAGUCCCAGAUCUCCUUCAUUGACUACUUCAUCACGGACAUGUUUGACGCCUGGGAUGCCUUUGCCCACCUGCCAGCGCUGAUGCAGCACCUGGCCGACAACUACAAGCACUGGAAGACGCUGGACGACCUCAAGUGCAGGAGCCUGCGGCUGCCGCCUGCCAGCUGACGCCACACUGGGGACAGAGGGCCAGCGAGGAC